GUCAGUGCUGGGGCUGGAACUCAGGGCCUCCCGGGUGCAGGCACAAAGUCUUCCACAGAGCGACGGCCCCGGAGCUGGGCGGGUGCAUCUGGGCCCUCAUCUGUGUGGCGCUCUUGCCUUGUGUGUACCUGUCUCUGCAGCCGUGAUUUUCUGAAUUCUCAUUGUUUAUGAACUUUCGCGUAGUGCUCGGGUGGACAGCAACCGGCGGGACACAGCAGCGACCUCUCCGCGGCGGCGGGCGGCCGGGCGGCCGGCGGCCCAUGGAUCCCGGGCUGCUGCGGCCGGCGCCGGUGAGCGAGGUCAUCGCCCUUCACUACAACUACACCGGCAAGCUCCGCGGGGCGCGCUACCAGCCCGGCGCCGGUCUGCGCGCCGAUGCCGUCGUGUGCCUGGCUGUGUGCGCCUUCAUCGUACUGGAGAACCUGGCGGUGCUCUUGGUGCUGGGCCGCCACCCUCGCUUCCACGCGCCCAUGUUCCUGCUCCUGGGCAGCCUCACCCUGUCGGACCUGCUGGCGGGGGCGGCCUACGCCACCAACAUCCUGCUGUCGGGGCCGCUCACGCUGCGCCUGUCGCCCGCGCUCUGGUUCGCGCGCGAGGGGGGAGUCUUCGUGGCCCUCGCCGCGUCGGUGCUGAGCCUCCUGGCCAUCGCGCUGGAGCGCCACCUCACCAUGGCCCGUCGAGGACCCGCGCCCGCCGCCAGUCGCGCUCGUACUCUGGCGCUGGCGGUGGCCGCCUGGGGCGCGUCGUUGCUGCUCGGGCUGCUGCCGGCGAUGGGCUGGAACUGUCUGGGACGCCUGGAGACCUGCUCCACCGUGCUGCCGCUCUAUGCCAAGGCCUACGUGCUCUUCUGCGUGCUGGCCUUCCUGGGCAUCCUGGCUGCCAUCUGUGCGCUCUAUGCAAGGAUUUACUGCCAGGUGCGGGCCAACGCGCGUCGCCUGAGGGCACGGCCCGGGUCCCGCAGGGUCACCACGUCCUCGCGAUCGCGGCACACGCCACGGUCGCUGGCCCUGCUCCGCACGCUCAGCGUGGUGCUCCUAGCCUUCGUGGUCUGCUGGGGACCUCUGUUUCUCUUGCUAUUGCUGGAUGUCGCGUGCCCAGCUCGCGCGUGUCCGGUGCUCCUGCAGGCCGACCCCUUCUUGGGUCUAGCCAUGGCUAACUCACUGCUGAAUCCCAUCAUCUACACAUUCACCAACCGAGACCUGCGCCACGCGCUCCUACGGCUGCUCUGCUGUGGCCGCGGGCCCUGCAGCCAAGGCUCCUCCAACAGCUUGCAGCGAUCCCCCAGUGCUGCUGGGCCUUCUGGGGGUGGCCUGAGACGCUGCCUGCCACCAAGCCUGGAUCGCAGCUCCAGCCCAUCAGAACACUCGUCUCCUCAUCGGGACAGGGUGGACACUAGCUGCUCCACCGGCAGUCGGGGAGCAGCAACCGCCGACCGCACCCUGGUACCUGCUGCUACAGACUGAUGCUCUAACCCUCUGUCGCCCUUCGCAAAAGCAGACUGAUUGUCAGAACAAGCGCAUCAUCUGUAGGAAACAGCUGAAGACAGCAGGGACAGAAAAGAGGGAAAGGAAAUGGCUUGACUGUCCCCUAACAGGAACAGACAAAAAUGCAUGCCCCUCGUGGGUUUGCCACGGACAGUAAGGAGAGGAGGAAAGUGAUGGGAAGGUGUAGAGGUGGUGAUGUAACCUGAGCUGGGAACCCCUGAAGCAGAGCCUUUCAGGGCGGCUGGAGCAGAAGUUGAGGAGACCCGAGAUUAAAGGGCAGCUUGUGGGAAGUCUUGUUGGCCCUGAGGAAGGCCUGAGACCCGGCUGAGUCAGGUGGAAGCCAUAGAGACUUCUAAACCAAGGUGGAACUUGCCAGGAUUCAGACCUCCACAGGUACCCUGUAACUCCAGAGGAAGGAUCUUGUAAAUGGGGGCUCCCGGCAUGCUCAGAAGCAGGUGAAGACUAGAUAGGGUGGGCUAAGAGCUGGCGGGAUGAGUGACUGGCUGUAGAGCGAGGCAGAGUUGUGGGGAAAGACAGCAAGGUAAAGCCUGGCUCCAAAAAUGUGACCCUGGAGCCCAGCCAGACCUCAGCCGCCAGGCUUUCAGAGCGUGGAGUCAGGUCUUCAUACAAAAUACAGCUACAAUAAAACACCUGAGCUGCUGGCCUCACUGUGCUCUUCCAGAAUAAAUGCAUGCAUCUAUUUAUUUAUUAUUUUAUUUUCCCCAGAUAGCCCUAAUCAUCAUUUUUAAAAGUUAUUUGCCAGGCAAU